CUAGGAAAGAGGUAACUGCGCAGGCGGGCUUGAGAGAGCCGCUGUGUUAACAAUUUUGCCGUCCAGAUAUUGCCGGGUAACAAGCCUACGGAAGCAUAGGAUCGAUCAAGUGAUAAAGAAAGAGCGACUUGUAACUGUGAUGCCCACUGAGCUUAGCUAAUCUGCUGAAGAUCAAAAAAAGCCAUUCAACCCCCUUCAACGUUCUGUUGCGAAGCUUGCGCACAGCAGCAGUAGCCAUUAGGCUUAACGAUCAUAACAUUUUCAAAGCUGGCCAUCCAGAGGCAACUCGAAAGCGUCAAGUUAAAAGUCAACCGACCGUCAAGAUGAGAGUCGAAAUCAAAAGCGCUGCAAAUUUUCUGACGAAUCUCCUGAGGGUGAAGAAGGGAGAUACCGUACAGAAUAUGAACAUUCACCAACUGGAACAGUUUUGCAGCAAGCUGGAAGAUAUGCUUUGUCAUCACUACCAACAACACUGGUUUCCCGAAAAACCUUUCAAAGGUAGCGGAUACAGAUGCAUCCGGAUCAAUCAUAAAAUGGAUCCCAUCAUUUCGAAGGCUGGAUUAGAAUGCGGAUUUGACGAGGAGAAACUUCGGCAGCUCUUUCCCGACGAGCUGACACUGUGGAUCGACCCCAAGGAGGUCUCGUACAGGAUCGGCGAGAAUGGCAGCAUUUGUGUCCUCUUCGACGAAAGAACUGUGAAGAAAACUUGCCAAGUCUCAAAUUCUUGGGAUAGGAGCCCUACGAGGACUGUCACGAUAACUGUAAAUCGGAACGACAAUUCCGACAACUCCAUGUCCGAGGAUGAUUGUGGUAGUCCGAUGAGUAUGUCGCCGCCCUCUCCCGUGUUCGAUCGAAUGCCUUCGUGCAAAGAAAGCAUGCGGGGAACAGGCUCUAAUUGGGACUCAUUCAUCAUGGAUCCUCGCAACAUCAAUUACGAACUCUCAACGUACGUUUCAAGCUAAAAGCGAUUCAAUUGCAAAAAAAAAAUAAAUAAUUAUGCUAAUUUUCCCCUCGCCAAACGACCAUCAUCCGUUCUCCAUUGGAGAAUGCGAUAUAUUGUGAUCUUCGAUAAUAUAAACAAAAAAGACUUGUAAUAUACCAUCAUUGAUACAUUUUAUCACAUUCAUCUUAGAAGUUUUGGCCAAAUUUUCUUUGGCCAUUUUUAACUAGCAUCCGAGUGAUAAUGCUAUAAAAUGUGAGGUAAAAUUAUCUUGACUAUCGUGAUCCUGGAAGUACAAAGUAAAAUUUAAUCAAGGGACCACCUAUGUGAUAAUUCCAUAAUCAGCUGGUUUCCCGUGAAACAAAAUUCUACAAUAGUUAAAAUUUUCACAUAUGUAAUGAUGGUCGUUUUUUAAAAUUUUUAACUAAAGUAAGUUGCCUCUUAACACAAUGGUAAAGUUAACAAUUUCUCUACUCGAAACGGCAUAAUUUGUUGUAAUCAGAAAUGUUUAUCCUAUUACCAAUAAAGUCUUGAAAAUGAAUAAAAAUUACCUACCUAAUUUUUAAAAUAGUUUUUUUUUCAAACUAAUGUAAACAAAGUGCUUAUUUGGUUAUCGAUUGAUGCAAAAAUCAAUCUUGUGCAUAUUUAAAUGCAUAAUUAAACAAGAUUAAAAAGUUCUUUUCCAAAUUAAAAUAAAUUGCGAAAUUAAUGUAUCAACUCAUUAGAGCAGAGUAUGAUUUUCAGUUCCAUCAAAAUUUAAAAUUCAAGCAAGAGGUACAAAAAUGGCAAUUAAGUAAAAAAUUCAAUUAUCCAUAGUAUAGAAAUUUAUCAUAAGAAGGUGUUAACUUUAACAAAAUAAAAGAGGCUGCUUAACUUUUGGGUAAAAAUUUUCUAAAAAAUGAACUAUCUUUGCUAAUUUCUUAGCUUUAAAAGUUAUUUGCUUUCCUGAUUUAUUAAAUGCAUUUGCACACACAGGACUGAUUACUCUGGAUAUCGACCUGGAAUGGAUAAACUACGCUCUUGAUUUUCCUUGAGAAAUGAUUGCUCUGGAAAAACAAAAUGGAAUAUUUUCUACUCUUAUGAAAUAUAUUAAAUUAUUCUUUUUGCAUGCCUAAAUUUUAAUAUCUGCAAAUACUGCAAUUUUGAAAAUAUUUAAUAAUUAUCCACUUUAUCGUAUGUAACUAUGAAAAAUGAUUUAUUCUCUAGUUUUUUGAAGUGCUAUUGUCUUCAAUCAUUUAUAUAUGUGCACCAUUUAUAUAUUUUUUAAAGUCUCUGAAAAAUAAUGGCAAUUUUUUCCCCUUAAGAAAACUAGAUAUAAUAUUUCCAAUGUAAUCCUAUGGAAAGCUAAAAGCAACUGAAAUAUACAUAAAUAAAAAUUUUUAAGGCAUUUUAAAAAUAUUGCAAUAUUUUUAAAAAUCAGCUUGAAGUUUUUGUUUUCUAUGUAAAAGAAAUAAAUACCUAGUCAUGCAUAUAUAUAUACUGCUUCUCAUUCCAAAAGGAUAUUUUGCAAUCUUUUUUUUUCUUCACAAAAUUGCAGUAUUAAAAUAACUGCUUAAUGUUUUACUGUAAGUGUAAUUCUCCCUGCUGUAAGUUAAGAAAAUUAAGUCAGCAGCACAAUUUAUUUUAUAUUGUGAUUUUUGUUAUUCCAUUGAUUUUUAUUAUUAUUUUCUUUUUUAAGUAGAGACAGACCUGUAGUACGAUAGUUAUGUCUAUGAGUUAGAUUCCAGCAGGGAUGGGAGACUUUUUUUCACAUUAAUUGUAAUCUGCCAUUAUGUGGUAUUCAAUCCCCCCUUCCCCCCAUUUUUUGUCAAUUAUGUUUUUGUUCUCUGCAUGGUUUCCAAUUGUAUAAUAUCAUAAGUUUUUAAAAUUCAUUGGUGCAAGUAGUCUUUGUUUGUAUUUAUAUAUAUUUUAGCAUUUGUUUUGUGAUUUGAUUUUUAUGAAUUUUUAUAUUGAACUAUUCUUUGAUUUUCUGAUAUGCAUUGUUUGACCGAAGUUAGCCACUUUGUUCCGAUCUAUUUAAAAUUUAAUUGACUCAUAUUUAGAGAGUUUUCAAUUAUUAUUAAAGUUAUUUUUGAUUAACAUCUUAUUUUUAAAAUUCUGUAAUAAGAUCAACUUCUAAUGUUUUUACUCCAAUACAUGCUUUUAAUACUUAAAUAUUGUAGGUAUGUAGCAUUCUUUACGGAUGUUUUUUUUAAACAUUUGAAAACAAAAUCAAAUUUACUAGUAUUUUGUGAGAUGUGGAAUCAAAAAUCAAUCUGUUAAAAUUUUCUAGCAUGUUCUUAAUGAAUUAUUUACAAUAAUUUUCUUCAACUAAUUGUGCUUUUCAACAGUGUGUUUGGAGGGCAAAUUCAGAAACAAUUAAUAAAUUAAUUUUAAAGAAGUGACAAAAAGAAAAUUUUAAGACGCUGCUAAAAUUUUUUUUCUAAUAUUUUAUAUUUGAUUUUUAAAAACUGCUUUUUUUUCUUCAAUUGUGUUUUUACAUUUUUCAUAUAAAUUUUACUGCAAAUCAAACAUUGAAAAAAAAAAGGCCUAAAUAGACUUGUACACGUAUCAAUUUAUAAUUCAAAAAUAAAGUUAGAAUUUAAAAAAAAAGUAUGAAGCUAAGUAUCUUGUUUCAAUGUCAUUGUUUGAAGUGAAGAAACAAGUAUAUUUUAUUGCAUUAAAAAAAUUAAAUUGUUAAAUUCAACUGCAGUUUCUCAACAUAUUUUGCUUUAAGUUUAAACUUAAUCUUAUGUGAGGUGUGUUAAUCAAGCAUUUUCAAUCAUUUUAAUUAUGCCUAUGUACUGUUUUGUCCUUUUCCAAUUCAUGUUCUCAUCUAGAUUGUGCCAUUUUACCCUCUGGUGCUACUAGCCACUGACUACUCACAAAGAAAAUGACAGUCCUUAAGCAGAGUAAAUAGUACAAGACAAGGUACUGACUAAUUGUUCACAGAUUAUUUGUAACUUGUUUUCAAAUUUUUUCCUUUAACUAGUCAAAACAAACUGUAAAAUGUUGCCAAAAUCAAUGUUGUUAAAAGUCAAAAUUUUAUGUUUAAUUUAUCGACAAAACAAACCAUGAAAUUACAUCAUAAAAGAAGAAUUCUGCCAGGUUAUAAAAUUUACCCAUCAACAAUUGUUGCUAAUACCUUACCCCUUUGCUGAGAUGGAAUGGAAAGGGUAGAAUUUAUUUACAAAAUAAAUAAACAAAUGAUUAGCAUCACGCGCUGGCGCGAGAUCUUCUGCGAAAGUGUUGAAAUAUAAAAUAUUUCUCCAAAUAAAAUUUAAAAGACCAUUAAUUAACAUGAAAAGUUCCAAUCAAACCUCAAAUUAAAAAAAAAAAGAGCAGAAAGGGUAACUGCUAUUUCAGCAAUGGGACAUUUUUCAGCCAUCUCAACAUGUACCACAUCAUGAAAAAAAAAUAACAAA